GAAUGUAAGGGGUCCUCGAUAUCAUCAAAACAGAACAAGUUCCGGUAUUUUCCCCUGUUCCCUAACAGUUAUUUUAGAUUGGUCAAAAUCGCCAAUUUGUAAUUUUUAAAAAUUGUCGGCGUUUCUACCCAAAUGCGAAUUCCUCGUCAUGUUUUUAGCAGAUAACUGACACAACUGGAGAAAGAUGCCUGACUCCUGUGCUGCUGUUGGAUGCUCCAGUGAGCGAAACGCCGAAACCAAAUCCCGUGGAAUCACUUUUCACAGGUUUCCAAAAGACAUGACUCUGAGGACACAAUGGGAACGGGCAGUCAAGCGGAGAGGCUUUGUGGCCUCUGAGAGAUCUUUGCUCUGCAGUGAGCACUUCAAAGCAGACGAUUUUGACAGGACAGGGCAGAUUGUCCGGCUCAGACAUGGAGUCGAGCCGUCCGUCUUCUCAUUCUCAUCAAAUUUACAAAAGGUACAACCAAGGACCACGCGAAAUUCCAGGAAAACCGAAGAGAUCCCAGCAGCUGUCCCACCUCAGCCUUUGUGUGAAGCUAAACCUCAAUCCAAUGUUGACCACAGCUAUGCUUUACCUGCUUCUCCUGUUGCUCUAAAGGCCAGACUUAAUGCAGCUCUUGCUAGAGUGGAGAGUCUUGAGCACGCGAGGAGGAACUGCAUGAUCCGGGAACGGAGGGCAAAGAAAAACCUGGAUGCUCUUCUUGAGGAGCUGAAGGAGACGAAUCUCAUCAAUGAAGAGUUGAGACAGAGGCUUGAAGGCGACUCAGAAAUGUCAUUCCCGUCCUCGCAUCUCAGUAGAAGAAGUAGAUUUCCAUCAAAAUUGCGACUUCUAGUCCAGUGUGCCUUACGUCCUGAUUUGUCAGUUGCUAUGUCGCCUGCAUUGUCACCUUGAUGCUGAUGACUCCUGGGAUGCUCCAAGGCCAGUGGGGCCUGGACCUCCAACAACCCAUCGGCCGACCAGCCAGAGGGCAUGUGAUGGUCAGGUGUGGUGCCUCACCGAGUGAGCAAGGCAACGCGGCAGAGCAGAAUGACUCGCUGUCCUCAUCUGCUGUAGAGCGGUCGACUGCUCCAAAUGCCGGAGGGCAAGAUCGGUAAAUGCUGUGGUCAACAUGGCAGGCAUUUGUUGUUCUGCAGUCUUUUGCGGUAUACACUUAUGCCAGCCUGGUGAAGGACCAGGGUUCCAUUGAAUCCUUAAAGUCUGAAAAGGCAUUCAAUUCAUGAAUCCCAAAUCAAGGCGAUUUUGAGUGCGGAGCACGUAUGACCUAGAAGUUAUCAUUUCAACGCUGUAUGCAAGCGCAAGACUAGAAUGGCCAUUUGGAGUGAGUGUUCAACCAAACUAUCUACAGCUUUCUGUUUACAUUAUCUGUCUAUUGGAUAAUGGGACAUAUUUUUAACUUGCUUAUUAAUAUCUGAGGAUAUCUGAAACAUUUUUUAAAAAUGUCAAAAAUAUUAAAUCAUCUGAACAUGGACUUUCUUUGACAAGAAAAUGGUAAAAAAAAUUCGCUGUGUCCCUACUUAAAAAAUGUGACCACGUAACUACAUUUUUUGCAAGUUUGGUAUGUCUAAAUAUUUGGUAACAUUUAUGUAUUAAAAAUAAUUUACAGAUUCACUGUUGUGGCAACAUCGCGUGAUCACGAUGGCGGUACAAACUAAACAGUGACGUGGUUGCCCUCGGGACUCUCAUAGCAGAUGCACAUCGCCGUACAUGUAUGCAGCAACUUUUGGUCUAGAUGUUUGCUUCGGUCCAAGAAUUGACUCUCCAACCAACCUAAACCGAUAUAA